ACCACCACUGCAAUUCAAAGUUGAAAACUUCUUUGCUGCAGGUUCACCAUUAGGCGUCAUAUUACUCUUGAGAGGUUUCAAGAUAGCGUCUCGUAAAACGCUCGAUUCCUCCAAUAUAACAAACGAUGACUUUCUUGCAGACGUGAAGUCACCGUCACCGACAUCGAUUAAUUAUUGCUAUCCAGCUGUAGAGAACCUGUAUAAUAUUUUUCAUAAGAACCUUUGAUCGCACGUCAUUACACAGCCAAAUUGAAACCUGAGCCUAUACCCUACAUGAAGGGCGGACUGAAGGGCGUCCUUGAUGCCAGUUUUAAUGUGGGCACUGGUAUUGCCACAAGAGCGGGUGCCAUGUACGAAUCACUGAAGAUGGGCUUAACAACUAAUCUGUUCAUGCGUGGUUUGGGUUUAUCAAGGCAACAGAUUUAUGAAGAUAUGCAUCCAGAAAAAGCUACUACGAGUCAUCAGAAUACAAUGGCAGAUAAACUACAAGAGUUUGAAGAGACUGAGGAUGGAAUAGUUACGACAUCAACGGCCACUACUACUCAUGCUGCUGUCGAUGUUACUGAGGGUAUCAUUUUUACGAACGGAAUUAGUACUGAUGACAAUCAUCAUCGCUUACAUAAAUUGACGAGGGUGAGAUCCAACAGCGAUCCUUUCAGCAAUAUCAGUGCUAGUAACAGUAGCAGUAACAGCAGCAUUGGUAAAGAAAGUUUGCAAAAGAAAAAGUCGACAGGCAAUGUACUACGAAGUAGUUCACCUGCUGCUACACCGACAGUUGCAUCGCUAAAAGUAGCUUCCCCAGCAGCAACAGCAGCAAAUACACAGUCUGUUGUGGCUCUAAAAGGAGCAGAGAGAUUAAAAAUGCUGAAUGCCACUGGACGAGUGGAUUAUUGUCUGCAAGAAGGUUUCUUGGAAAAUCCGUAUUUAAGUGCAUUCAGUGCGCACAUGCAGUACUGGCAGGAUUUGGACGUUGCAGCAUUUUUGGUUAAACAGAUUUAUUUGCAUGACUGAUGGAAAGCUAAAAUGGGCAAAAAAAAAUAUAAAAAAUUAAAUUGUCUAGAAAGUACAAAAAACAAAGAUAAUAUAGUGUAAACUGAUAAUGUAUAUAUGUA